UGUCUCAGGUGCGCCGGCACCGGAAGAGGUGCUUCCGAGGGAGCGCACCCGCAGGCUACGCACGUCCGGGAACCGAGCUCUGGGCUGUUUCUCCGGGCCGGUGGGCUGGUGGGGCAGUCCCUCAGGCAGGGUGGCAACCACAUCUAAGGACAAGAGCCAUUAGAGCCUGUGACCUCUCCAUCUCCAUCCAGCUAGGGCCAGGGACCACUCAGCACCAGCCUCAGCAGCUGACAUCAUAAGGGAGACUUGGGAACCUGUGGAGCACUCUGGAGAGCCUUUCCCCUUGACAUGGAGCUUUGGGGCCGAAUGUUGUGGACCCUCCUUUCUGGCCCAGGAAGGAGGGGAGGAACCUGGGGUUGGGCCUUCAGUUCAUGGCAACCCCAUUCGCCUCUGGCUGGGCUGUCAAGUGCCACAGAACUGGUCAGCCACUGGACAGGGGUCUUUGAAAAGAGAGGUAUCCCUGAGGCCCGGGAAUCCAGUGAGUGCAUCGUAGCUCAUGUCCUUGGAGCCAAAACAUUUCAGAGCCUGAAGCCGAUACUUAGGACCCAGCCCCUGACCCCCCAGCAACUAAAGUGCAUCCAAGAACUGAGUAGCCACCGAUUGCAGAGGAUGCCUUUGCAGUACGUCCUUGGGGAGUGGGAUUUUCGGGGGCUCAAUCUGAAGAUGGUGCCUCCAGUGUUCAUUCCUCGGCCAGAGACAGAGGAACUGGUUGAAUGGGUGCUGGAGGAGGUCGCCCGGAGAUCCCACACAGUCGGAGUCCAAGGCAGCCCCCUCAUUCUAGAGGUGGGCUGUGGAUCGGGAGCUAUCUCCCUUAGCCUGCUGAGCGAGCUCCCCCAGAGCCGAGUCAUUGCUGUGGAUAAGGAGGCAGCCGCCAUCUCUCUGACACGUGAGAAUGCUCAGAGGCUUCAGUUGCAGGACAGAAUUUGGAUCGUCCCCCUGGAUGUGACCUUAGAAGGGAGUUGGACACACCUUUUGCCCUGGGGCCCUGUGGACCUGGUCAUCAGCAACCCUCCCUAUGUCUUCCACCAGGACAUGGAGCAGCUGGCCCCCGAGAUCCGCAGCUAUGAAGACCCAGAGGCCCUGGACGGUGGGGAAGAGGGUAUGGACGUCAUUACCCACAUCCUGACCCUGGCACCCCAGCUCCUAAAGGACUUUGGAAGCAUCUACUUGGAAGUGGAUCCGAGACACCCGGAGCUUGUCAGCAGCUGGCUUCAGAGCCAUCCUGACCUGUACCUCCAUCUCGUGGCCGUGCGCAGGGACUUCUGUGGGAGGCCCCGGUUCCUGCAUAUCCAGCAGUCUGGGCCAUAGCGUGGCUGUUCUAUGGGCCUACCAGCCUGCCUGAGGGCCUGGCUGACCCUUCUAGGAUUGCUGCUCGGAGGGAAGUGGCUGGUGCUUUCCACGUGCUUACGGCAUUUCUCAGGGUUCUGUGAUUCCCCAUGGUCUACAUUUCUGGGACACUUAAGGGUAGAAACAAGGGUGGGGGUGUCCUUCCUGAGGUGGCAAAGAGCAGGGACAUCCACAGUGUGGCUCAGGAGCUGGGCAGACCAAGCUUCCCUAUCAGCUUGGCUGGCUCCUCACUGGCUCCUUCGCAUCAGUGAGGCCAAGGGCAGGCUGCUCAGGGUCUCCGUUGGUGAAAUUGCUGUGGGGUAUUAGGACACAAGCCAGUAAAGUCUCAGGAAACUGACAAAUGGUGACCUAUUGUUUUUGUUUCCAUGAUUUGUGGGUCCCCUGACCCCUUACCCCUAAGUGGUGCUGGGGCUGGAAGCUUCCUUCUACCUCAGCAGAGCUGGCUGUCAGUCCCCUACAUGGCAGAGGGUGUAGAGGUGCUGCGUGGAGGAUGGCACAUGGGCCCUCAUUCCUAGCCUGGGACACUAUGGGGACUGGCUCACCACCAAGGGUUGCCUUAGUCCUCCACUGCCCUGGGUACACUUGCACACACUCUUCUCACCAGGCCCGGGCUCUGGGCACAGGAACCUCAUCUGAGCUUUAGCUCAGGAACCACUGCCUACUUCCUGGGGGGAACGAGGCUGAAGGUCCUUGCCACACAGUUCUGGGCUGUGCAGGACUUGUGUUUACUUUUUAUUCCCAUAGCUUUUAGCUAAAACACCCCUUCUGAAUUGACCUUGGGGUUUCAAAUAACCCAUCUGUCCCUGGUUGGGGCUGGGGAGAAUAAGAACUCAAGACAGCGGGCUUGAGGUUCCUAAGGAGCAUGGCAAACCAGGCUGGCUCAUUCUCCAGGCUUCCCCCUGCUGCCCCAGCACGUUCAAGGGCUUGACCCAAGUUGUAGUAGCCAGAAGCAGUGUGGGCUGGUGGGCAGCAUCCUCCGUUAGAACCAGGAAAGUGGAGUUCCAGGGCUGUGUUUUGCAGUGGGAACUUGCUCCUUUCCCUAUGAGAAGCUGGCUCUUCUGAGUCUAAGACCAACACAAAGUAGCAGCCUCAUUUUACUCCUAGUCAGCCAAGUGGAGUAUGAGUGCUGACCUCAGAACACCCACUCUCCCGUUGGGGAGACCAAGAGGCAAAAGAAGACAUGGCCUGCCUGAGAUUUCAUGAUAGGAAUUGGCCAAGUGGAGACGGUAAGUUAGGUCCCUGCCUUUGGGAGAGAGUCAUCCCUGGCCUGAGUAUUGUCCCCCACUCAGGCUCACAGUCCCGCUCCCGUGUGGCGGGGGUGGGACAAGUUUUCCUCAGCAGAGGCCAGGCUGUAGCUCCCAGGGCCCUGGUGUCCCGCCCCAUGCCCAGCCCCAGCUAUAUGGAUCCUGAGCUGCCUUGGCUUCAUGGAGGGGAAGCCCAUGGCUGUUCUAGAAGGAGGGCAGGGUGGGGUACAACCAGAGCAAGGUUCCGGAUUUCCUGAGUUCCUGUGCUCUCAGACCUUGCCUGUCACCUCAUCGAUGUUGCCCUUUCUUCCUGCCUAUUCCCUUUGGCUCUUACUGUCUUCAGCAGCAUCUCAGGGCAGCUGCCCUGACCUCAUAGUAGUCUGUUGCCUCUUUGAACCACAGCCUGUGCCACAUCUCAGCCAGUGCUGGCUUCCCUGAUGGCCUCAACCUCCUGGUCUCAGGCCCAUUACUGAGGAAAGGCCUUGGUGAACUUGUGGGCAUGGCACCCCAAGAGAGUGCGGUGAUGGAGAGUGACUGUAGGAGCAGCUGGGGUCACUGGAGCAGGAGCCACCCUUGGGGACAACUUCCUCCCCAGAAAAAUGUGCAACUUGACUCUGCUUGGAAAAAGAUCCAAGCCAAGUGGACUGUCAGGGUGGGGUCUCAAGCCUACAGUCAUGGGAUUGAUUGGGCCCCGGACAUUGAGCCCUAAUGUCAGAGACACACCAGCCUGAAUUUAGAUCCUAGGGUCUGUCCCCAACAAGGAUGUGACCUUGAGCAGAUGAAUUCAUGUCACACAGCGUUGGCUCCAAGGCUGAGAUA